UCCCGGUGCUGCCGCAGUGCCACCCGCCCCGUCCUGGCCUCGGGCUCCCUCUCCGCCGGCAGCCGCACCUGCUCCGGCCAUGAUGAGCUUCAGCGGCGCGGACGCGCUGCUGGGCGCCCCGUUCGCGCCGCUACAUGGAGGCGGCAGCCUUCACUACGCGCUGGCCCGCAAGGGCGGCGCGGGCGGAGUGCGCUCCGCCGCCGGCUCUUCUAGCGGCUUCCACUCGUGGGCGCGGACAUCCGUGAGCUCCGUCUCCGCCUCACCAGGACGCUUCCGCGGCGCAGGAGCCGCCUCGAGCACCGACUCUCUAGACACUCUGAGCAACGGACCGGAGGGCUGCGUGGUGGCGGCCGCCGCAGCGCGCAGCGAGAAGGAGCAGCUGCAGGCGCUGAACGACCGCUUCGCCGGCUACAUCGACAAGGUGCGGCAGCUCGAGGCGCACAACCGCAGCCUGGAGGGCGAGGCGGCGGCGCUGCGGCAGCAGCAGGCUGGCCGCGCCGCCAUGGGCGAGCUGUACGAGCGCGAGGUGCGCGAGAUGCGCGGCGCCGUGCUGCGCCUGGGCGCGGCGCGCGGCCAGCUGCGUCUGGAGCAGGAGCACCUGCUCGAGGACAUCGCGCACGUGCGCCAGCGCCUAGACGACGAGGCCCGGCAGCGCGAAGAGGCUGAGGCGGCGGCGCGCGCACUCGCGCGCUUUGCGCAGGAGGCCGAGGCGGCGCGCGUCGAGCUGCAGAAGAAGGCGCAAGCGCUGCAGGAGGAGUGCGGCUACCUGCGGCGUCACCACCAAGAGGAGGUGGGCGAGCUGCUCGGCCAGAUCCAGGGCUCUGGCGCCGCGCAGGCGCAGGCGCAGGCCGAAGCGCGCGACGCCCUCAAGUGCGACGUGACGUCGGCGCUGCGCGAGAUCCGCGCGCAGCUCGAAGGCCACGCGGUGCAGAGCACAUUGCAGUCCGAGGAGUGGUUCCGAGUGAGGCUGGACCGACUAUCAGAGGCAGCCAAGGUGAACACAGACGCCAUGCGCACAGCACAGGAGGAGAUAACUGAGUACCGGCGCCAGCUGCAGGCCAGGACCACAGAGCUGGAGGCACUCAAAGGCACCAAGGACUCGCUGGAGAGGCAGCGCUCUGAGCUGGAGGACCGUCAUCAGGCCGACAUCGCAUCCUACCAGGAAGCCAUCCAGCAGCUGGACGCUGAGCUCAGGAACACCAAGUGGGAGAUGGCAGCCCAGCUCCGAGAGUACCAGGACCUGCUUAAUGUCAAGAUGGCCCUGGAUAUUGAGAUUGCCGCUUAUAGAAAACUCCUGGAGGGCGAAGAGUGUCGCAUUGGCUUUGGCCCGAGUCCUUUCCCCCUUCCAGAAGUACUCCCCAAAAUCCCCCCCAUAUCCACUCACAUCAAGGUCAAAAGUGAAGAGAAGAUCAAGGUAGUAGAAAAGUCAGAGAAGGAAACUGUGAUACUGGAGGAACAGACAGAGGAGAUCCAAGUGACUGAAGAAGUGACUGAAGAAGAGGAGAAAGAGGCCAAAGAGGAAGAAGAGGAAGCAAAGUCUCCCCCAGCAGGAGAGGCUGCGUCCCCAGAGAAGGAAGAGGCCAAGUCCCCAGAGAAGGCCAAGUCCCCAGUGAAGGAGGAGGCCAAGUCUCCAGCCGAGGUGAAAUCUCCAGAGAAGGCCAAGUCCCCAGCAGAAGUGAAGUCCCCUGAGAAGGCCAAGUCUCCAGUGAAGGAGGAGGCCAAGUCCCCCGAGAAGGCCAAGUCCCCUGAGAAGGCCAAGUCCCCUGAGAAGGAGAAGGCCAAGUCCCCUGAGAAGGCCAAGUCCCCUGAGAAGGAGGAGGCCAAGUCCCCUGAGAAGGCCAAGUCCCCUGAGAAGGAGGAGGCCAAGUCCCCUGAGAAGGCCAAGUCCCCCGAGAAGGCCAAGUCCCCAGUGAAGGAGGAGGCCAAGUCCCCCGAGAAGGCCAAGUCUCCAGUGAAGGAGGAGGCCAAGUCUCCCGAGAAGGCCAAGUCCCCAGUGAAGGAGGAGGCCAAGUCCCCCGAGAAGGCCAAGUCCCCUGAGAAAGCCAAGUCUCCAGUGAAGGAGGAGGCCAAGUCCCCUGAGAAGGCCAAGUCCCCUGAGAAGGAGGAGGCCAAGUCCCCCGAGAAGGCCAAGUCCCCUGAGAAAGCCAAGUCUCCAGUGAAGGAGGAGGCCAAGUCCCCUGAGAAGGCCAAGUCCCCUGAAAAGGAGAAGGCCAAGUCCCCUGAGAAGGAGGAGGCCAAGUCCCCCGAGAAGGCCAAGUCCCCUGAGAAGGCCAAGUCUCCAGUGAAGGAGGAGGCCAAGUCCCCCGAGAAGGCCAAGUCCCCUGAGAAGGCCAAGUCUCCAGUGAAGGAGGAGGCCAAGUCCCCCGAGAAGGCCAAGUCCCCUGAGAAGGCCAAGUCUCCAGUGAAGGAGGAGGCCAAGUCCCCCGAGAAAGCCAAGUCCCCCGAGAAGGCCAAGUCCCCAGUGAAGGAGGAGGCCAAGUCCCCCGAGAAGGCCAAGUCUCCGGUGAAGGAGGAGGCCAAGUCCCCCGAGAAGGCCAAGUCUCCGGUGAAGGAGGAGGCCAAGUCCCCUGAGAAGGCCAAGUCUCCAGUGAAGGAGGAGGCCAAGUCCCCUGAGAAGGCCAAGUCCCCUGAGAAGGAGGAGGCCAAGUCCCCUGAGAAGGCCAAGUCCCCCGAGAAGGCCAAGUCUCCAGUGAAGGAGGAAGCAAAGUCCCCUGAGAAGGCCAAAAGCCCUGUCAAGGAGGAGAUCAAGUCCCCAGAGAAGGUCAAAUCUCCUGUGAAGGAGGAGGCCAAGGCUCCAGAGAAGGAGGUCCCAAAGAAGGAAGAGGCCAAGUCCCCCAAGAAGGAGGAAGAGAAAGCUCCAGCCACACCAAAAACUGAGGAGAAGAAGGACAGCAAGAAAGAUGAGGUGCCCAAGAAGGAGGCUCCAAAGCCCGAGGUCCAGGAGAAGAAGGAACCUGCUGUGGAGAAGCCCAAAGAAUCCAAAGCUGAAGCCAAGAAGGAAGAGGCUGAAGAUAAAAAAGCAGUGACCCCAGAGAAGGAGGCUGCUGCCAAGGUGAAGGAAGAGGCCAAACCCAAAGAGAAGACUGAGGUGGCCAAGAAGGAGCCUGAAAAGCCAAAGAAGGAAGAGACAUCAGCAGCACCCGAGAAAAAAGACGCCAAGGAGGAGAAGGCCACAGAGGCCAAGAAGCCUGAGGAGAAGCCCAAAACGGAGGCCCAGGCCAAGACGGAAAAGGCCGAGAAAUCCUCUAGCACAGACCAGAAAGACAGCAGGCCUCCAGAAGACAAGGCCACCAAGGGGGAGAAGUGAGGCAGGGAGAAAGAAACAUCCAGAGCAGCCAAAGAAACUCAGGAGGGUCUGGGAGCUCAAGGGUCGGUAUAACAAAUUUUCAUGUUUUUUCCCUUUUCUUUAUGUAAGAAGAAACUGUACUUAGACAACAGGGCCCUCGCUCACCAAACAGGAAUUUUUGUUAGCAAUAUGUUAGCAAGAGGGCAUUCCUAAUCCCCGGCCCCACACCCAAACUCUCCCCAGGCGAUGGACAAUUAUGUUAUGAUAGCUUACGUAGCUGAAUGUGAUAUAUGCCGAAUGCCACAUGUAAACACUUGACUAUAAAAACUGCCCCCCUCCUUUCCAAAUAAGUGCAUUUAUUUCCUGUAUGUGCAACUGACAGGUGACCGCAAUAAUGAAUGAGCAGUUAGAAACACCUUAUGCUUGAGAUGUCUUAACCUAUUCCUAAAUGCCUUCUGUUUUCCAAAGGAGUGGUCGAACCCUAGCCCAGAGCUCUCUAUCCUGGAAGAGCUGGAGCAGGUGGGGCUGGGCAUGGCCACUGAAUCAUGCCAGGGCGCACUUUUCCACUGGAGUCCACUUUCAAUUGCUUCUGUGCAAUAAAACCAAGUGCUUAUAAAAUGAAAA